AAAAACAAGUCCGUCAUACGCAUUGAAUUUGGCGAAACAGUAGAUUUUAUUUUGUUUAGUGAUCAUUAUUAAAUAACCCUCAGUAGUACGAUAGUUAUAUUAAGUGAAAUUUCAAUUGUUAAGCCAACGUAAACAACACGCAACAUGGCUGCCGGUACCACACUACAAAAGGCCAUCGAUUUGGUUACGAAAGCCACUGAGGAGGACCGCAACAAGAAUUACGAAGAGGCGUUACGUCUUUACGAGCAUGGCGUCGAAUAUUUUCUGCAUACCAUCAAGUAUGAGGCGCAGGGCGAGAAAGCGAAAGAUUCAAUUCGUGCCAAAUGCUUGCAGUAUUUGGAUCGUGCAGAAAAACUCAAGGAAUAUUUAAAGAAGGGUAAGAAGAAACCAGUCAAGGAGGGUGGUGAGUCCAGCUCCAAGGAUGACAAGGACAAAAAGAGCGACAGUGAUGAUGAGGACGGUGAUGAUCCGGAGAAAAAGAAACUGCAGAGCAAGCUUGAAGAUGCCAUUGUUAUUGAGAAGCCCCAAGUUCAGUGGUCCGAUGUAGCUGGUCUGGAUGCGGCCAAAGAGGCAUUGAAAGAAGCCGUCAUACUGCCUAUUAAAUUUCCCCAGCUCUUUACGGGCAAGCGCAUACCGUGGAAAGGCAUUCUGUUGUUCGGACCACCCGGUACAGGCAAAUCGUAUUUGGCCAAGGCCGUGGCAACCGAAGCAAACAGGUCGACAUUCUUUUCAGUAUCCAGCUCUGAUCUGAUGUCCAAAUGGUUAGGUGAAUCUGAAAAGCUGGUCAAGAAUCUUUUUGAGCUGGCACGCCAGCAUAAGCCGUCAAUUAUAUUCAUUGAUGAAAUCGAUUCGAUGUGUUCUGCGCGUUCUGACAAUGAGAACGAUAGUGUCCGUCGCAUAAAGACCGAAUUUUUGGUGCAGAUGCAGGGCGUGGGUCAUGACACCGACGGCAUUCUUGUGCUAGGCGCCACCAACAUACCCUGGGUUCUCGACUCAGCCAUUCGCAGACGUUUCGAGAAGCGCAUCUACAUUCCGUUGCCGGAAGCGCAUGCGCGCCUGGUCAUGUUUAAGAUUCACUUGGGCAACACAGUGCACGUGUUAACUGAGGCGGAUCUCAAGGUGCUGGCGGAAAAGACGGAAGGAUACUCAGGCGCAGAUAUUUCGAUUGUGGUGCGCGAUGCGCUUAUGGAGCCCGUUCGUAAAGUGCAGACGGCUACGCACUUCAAGAAAGUCUCUGGGCCUUGUCCAAAGGACAGAGAGGUAAUUGUAGAUGAUCUCCUGGUGCCUUGCUCGCCAGGCGAUGAAGGGGCUAUCGAAAUGUCCUGGGUAGAUGUACCAAGCGAUAAGCUGUUCGAACCGCCUGUAACAAUGCGCGACAUGCUGAAAUCCUUGUCACGUACGAAACCCACGGUCAAUGAGGAGGACCUGACAAAGCUGCGCAAAUUCACAGAGGACUUUGGCCAGGAGGGCUAAGGCUACGCCUCAAGGAUGGACACAAGCCAAGCAACCAACGAUGGCGGUGUCUGCAAUGCUAAUUCUAAUUGUUGCCUAUUUCAUAAAUCGAAACACGUUUUUUUCUCACUCUUCUUUUUUACAAAUUACUACAUGCCUAUAAAGAAAAACACGAUAUAUGUUUAAAUUCAAAACCAAAAAGCAACAAAAAUUACAAUUUGUCACAUGCGAACUGAAAUAGAGACUUGAUCGGGUCAUCGCUGCUGCUGAUGUUGUUGUAAACACAAA